CCGCAUGAUGUCACUAUUUUCACCGUGACUUCCGUUCAUUUGCGCUGUGCGUCUAAACUGUUUCUUACAGCUUCCAUGUAAAAUUUCCAGAAUUGGAAUUAAGUAAUAUGGACACAAGAAUCAAAGGCGUUAGUACGGGCACCACUAUACUGGCAGCUAAGUUCAAUGGAGGAGUUCUAAUUGGAUCCGAUUCCAGGGCCUCAAUAGGGUCCUAUGUGGCCUCCAAGGCCAUCAACAAGCUGAUCCAGGUUCAUGACAAGAUAUUCUGCUGCAUCGCUGGUUCCCUGGCAGACGCACAGGCAGCUACACGGGCAGCUAAGUUCCAGCUGUCAUUCCACAGCAUCCAGAUGGACUCCCCUCCUCUAGUCCAGGCCGCAGCCUCUGUGAUGCGAGAUCUUUGCUACAGCAACAGGGAGGAUCUGCAGGCUGGCUUCAUCACCGCAGGCUGGGACCGGAAGAAAGGCCCACAGGUGUACACAGUGUCUCUUGGCGGGAUGUUAGUCAGUCAGCCGUUCACCAUCGCAGGGUCAGGCAGCACCUACAUCUACGGUUAUGUGGAUGCGAAGUACAGGCCUGACAUGAGCCGAGAGGAGUGCCUGCAGUUUGCCACUAAUGCUCUCACUUUAGCAAUCGGCAGGGACAAUGUGAGCGGCGGUGUUGUCCACCUGGUGGUGAUCACAGAAGACUGUGCGGAGCAUGUCGUCAUCCCUGGGGACAAGUUACCCAAAUUCCAUGACCAGUAGAAAGACCAGUGGAUACUCUGCAGCCAGUACAGAAGAAAGGACCCGACUUCAACUACAAACACCAUUAUAAUAAUAAACAAUGUUUUUUACAAAAAUAUUUUGGCAGUAGGUGUUUUUUAACUUCGAAAACCAUUGACACAUCUAUUGACAGUUAUUCUGCCUCUCAGCAUUUACUGUGUAAGACACAUGGUUCUCUCUGUAUCAUAUUUAAUAAACUGCCAAAGUACAUUGAGUAAA